AGGCAACGUUGGUCCUUCAUGACCGUUUUUUAUAUCUGUGUCCGCUACAUUGGAAUACUAUAUUCUGUGUAAAUUUUCGAGGCUAAAAGUUGACACUGCACUGUACUAACAAGCCAUGUCUUACAAUUAGGACCCUCAUACUAUGGAAUAUCCCAGUCUCAAUGACAGACGUAGGGUGAGUUAUAUUUUCAGCUGCCUUAUUCUUUACUUCAUAUGGGCAUUGACCCUGUCGUCGUCAAUGCUAUGCUGGGCGUCAUCAUGCUGAUUCGGAUACAUGCGAUGUAUGGACGAUCCAAAAAGAUGCUUAUCUUUCUCGUUAUAGUCUUGCUUGCUUCCACGAUCACCUCCGUCAUUACCACAGUAAUGUCAAACACCGGUAUUUUAGUGGAGGAAUUCGUCCUUUUUGGCUCCCCUAUGCUGUCUUUUCGAAAAAUUGGCACAUACCAAAUGAAUCUGGGUUAUGAGAGUGUGAUAUCCACCGCUAUAUGGGAAGUCCCUCGCCUCCGUUCUGGCAGUCCGGAUUGUCAAUAAAAACACUUCCGUGAACUGCGACAAUCUUCGACAGGAUCGACCAUUGGGGACUGUUUUAUGGCGUUGAUU